CUGGACCCCGAGCCAAGAUCGAGGGACGGAUAAGAAAGCGGAGACCCCCAACCCACGAUCCCAGUACUAAAACGAAGACCGAAGAGGCGAGGCAGCAGCAAAUCCCACGUAGUUCUGUCCAAAGAUCCUCCACCGGCCCACCCCCAGGUCCUCCCUCCCCUCUUCGCCCCCUUCCCAAAAUCUCGGUGUCUCUCUUUCCCCUUUUUCUUGCUUCGAUUUAUAGGGGCCGAGUCUAUGGAUUUGCUCCCGACGGAGGCGCCGUCGAUCGGGGGGCGGAGGCAGCGAUUCCGCUCGCUGAAGCUGGCGAGCGUCGCCAUGGACGAGCCCCUCGCGGAGGAGCCCGUUGGCGUCGCCUAUGGCGUCCUUGAUAACGGUCUCACCUACUACGUCCGCUCCAACCCCAAGCCCCGGAUGCGCGCCGCCCUCGCCCUCGCCGCGAAGGUCGGCUCAGUUUUGGAAGAGGAGGAGGAACGUGGGGUUGCUCACAUUGUUGAACACCUUGCUUUUAGUGCAACAAAGAAAUAUACAAACCAUGAUAUCAUUAAAUUCCUAGAAAGCAUUGGGGCUGAGUUUGGUGCCUGCCAAAAUGCACUGACUUCUUCUGAUGAGACUAUAUAUGAAUUGCUUGUUCCUGUGGACAAGCCUGACCUCUUAUCGCAGGCUAUAUCAGUUUUGGCAGAAUUCAGCUCCGAGGUUCGGGUUUCAGCUGAGGAUUUAGAAAAAGAACGUGGUGCUGUCCUGGAAGAGUACAGAGGGGGGCGUAAUGCUGCAGGUCGCAUGCAGGAUGCACACUGGGUUCUAAUGUUUGAAGGUUCAAAGUAUGCAGAACGUCUACCAAUUGGGCUGGAAAAGGUAAUUCGAACAGUUACUCCCGAAACUGUCAGGCGAUUUUACCGAAAGUGGUAUCAUUUACAAAAUAUGGCUGUUGUUGCUGUGGGCGAUUUUUCUGAUACACAGAGUGUAGUUGAAUUAAUAAGGUCUCAUUUUGGGCAAAAAGUUUCUCUCUCUGGCCUUCCUCCAGUUAUACCAGAUUUCCCUGUUCCAUCCCAUGAAGAACCCCGCUUCUCCUGCUUUGUUGAAUCCGAGGCUGCUGGGUCUGCAGUAAUGAUCAGCUGCAAGAUUCCUGUGGAUGAGAUGAGAACUGUGAAAGAUUACAGGGAUUCACUAGCAGAAGCAAUGUUCCAUUGUGCUUUGAACCAGAGGUUUUUUAAGAUAUCCCGCAGAAAAGAUCCACCAUACUUUGCUUGCUCUUCAGCUGCGGAUGCUCUUGUUCGUCCUGUCAAGGCUUAUAUUAUGACCUCAAGUUGCAGAGAAAAAGGAACCAUUGAGGCCCUUGAGUCAAUGCUAAUGGAGGUUGCUAGGGUUCGGCUACAUGGUUUUUCGGAGCGUGAAAUAUCCAUUGUACGUGCUUUGAUGAUGUCCGAAAUUGAAUCUGCAUAUUUAGAGCGGGAUCAAAUGCAGUCAACUAGUCUGCGAGAUGAGUAUUUGCAGCAUUUUUUUCGCAAGGAACCUGUUGUAGGGAUUGAGUAUGAAGCACAGCUCCAGAAAACUCUCCUUCCUCAUAUUUCUCCAGCAGAGGUAUCAAAGUUUGCUGUGAACUUCUGUACAACAUGCAGCUGUGUAAUAAAGAUUGUUGAACCUCGAGCUUGUGCUACUAUAGAAGACCUGAAAGCUUCUGUAUUGAAAGUCAAUGCCCUUGAGGAAGAAAAUAAAAUUUCUCCUUGGGAUGAUGAGCAUGUCCCUGAAGAAAUUGUCAUUGACAAACCAAAUCCAGGGAGCAUUGUACAACACUCAGAUUUUCCAAGCAUUGGUGUCACUGAGUUACUCCUAUCAAAUGGCAUGCGGAUCUGCUAUAAGUGCACCGAUUUUCUUGAUGAUCAGGUCAUUUUUACUGGAUUUGCAUAUGGUGGUUUGUCUGAAUUGUCAGAAGAUGAAUAUAUUUCUUGCUCGAUGGGUUCAACCAUUUCAGGGGAAAUUGGUGUAUAUGGCUAUAAACCAUCUGUGCUCAUGGAUAUGCUUGCUGGUAAGAGAGCUGAAGUCGGUACAAAAGUUGGGGCAUACAUGAGAACCUUUUCUGGUGAUUGCUCCCCUACUGAUCUGGAAACUGCCUUGCAGCUUGUCUACCUACUAUUUACUACAAAUGUUGAACCAAGAGAUGAAGAAGUAAAAAUUGUAAUGCAAAUGGCAGAAGAAGCAAUUCGAGCUCAAGAAAGGGACCCAUACACUGUAUUUGCAAAUCGUGUACGUGAAGUCAAUUAUGGGAACUCCUAUUUCUUUCGGCCAAUUCGAAUUAGUGACCUGAGAAAGGUGGAUCCUAUACGAGCAUGCAAAUAUUUCAAUGAUUGUUUCAAGGAUCCGUCUACUUUUACGGUUGUAAUAGUUGGGAAUUUUGAUCCAUCUGUAUCACUUCCUUUAAUUCUGCAGUACUUGGGUGGAAUACCAAGGCCUGCUGAAUUAGUUUUACAAUUCAACCGUGAUGACCUAAAAGGCUUGCCAUUCAAGUUUCCAGCAACCAUUGUCAGAGAAGUUGUUCGCAGCCCUAUGGUGGAAGCUCAAUGCUCUGUCCAGCUAGCCUUUCCUGUGGUGCUGAAGAAUAUGUCAAUGAUGGAAGAGAUUCAUUAUGUUGGAUUUCUGAGUAAACUUCUGGAGACAAAAAUUAUGCAAGUUCUUCGGUUUAAACAUGGGCAGAUCUACUCCGUGAAUGUUUCUGUCUUUUUGGGUGGCAAUAAACCUUCAAGAUCUGGAGAUGUUCGUGGUGAUACAAGUGUAAAUUUUUCAUGUGAUCCAGAUAUCGCUUCCAAGCUUGUUGACAUUGCCUUGGAGGAGAUAAUGUAUCUCCAAAAUCAUGGCCCAUCUGAUGAGGAUGUCUCAACUAUUCUUGAAAUCGAACAGCGAGCCCAUGAAAAUGGAUUGCAAGAAAACUAUUAUUGGUUAGAUCGAAUUUUACGCAGCUACCAGUCAAGAGCUUAUUUUGGAGAUGUCAGUGCCUCAUUUGAGAUUCAAGAUGAAGGACGGACUAAAGUUAGGAAAGCUUUGACACCAUCCACUAUUCAAUUGGCAUUACAAAGAAUAUUGCCCUUUCCAUGCAAAAUGCAGUAUACCGCAGUCAUUCUUAUGCCCCAGCUAUCUCGCUUAAAGUUGUUGAAGUCCUUACUUCAAUUCAGAUCCAAUGGGUUUAGUAGAGAUGCAAAGAUUUUGGCCGGUGCAGCAGGUGCAGUGGUUUUAGCAGUCAGUUUGUGGAGAUACUCGCGAAGUACCCUGAACUCAUAGGAGAUUCUGCUUUACAGAAAUCCAAUAAGGAGGAUUUUUGAAAUGAAUUGUAUCUCACCGAAGAUUGGAAACUGGAAGACCACUGACUCGACCAUUUUCCCUGGUGUCCUGUUUGGGUCAGCGAUCUGAUCCUAUCAAGGGAAUGAGGAAUGGUCUCUGAUUCAUAUGCUGGUCUCCCAUUCACAUUUGUUCGAAGGUUUUGUGUCUGUAUGAUUUGUUGUAGAUGCACAAGUCAUACUGUGCAAUGUGUUUUUUAUAGGGCUGGUAUAGGUGCCAGGUGACAAGUCCAAGGAGUUAACCUCUGAUAUACAUCAUUUUAUAGACUUUAACCUCUGAUUAAUGAAAGAAAUUUAUGAAAAAGAGAUUUGGCUGCC